CUCAUGUGAGUUUUAUCUUGUUUUGCAGCAUUUUUUGGUUGGAUACAAUCAUCUGAUUUAUACCAUACCAGAGAUCAUUAUUGGUAAGGUCAGAGUGAUAUGAGAGGCAGAGAAGAGUUUAGAUGAGAAGAAGAUGGCAGUGGUGGCAGGAAAGAGCUUUAUCUUAAACAAGUAUUCCUCUUCUUUGUAUUUGAACAAAAAUGGCAAGAGAUAUGGUAUCAUAUCAGGUCAAAAGAGGGAUUUUUCUGAGAACUCAAAAACCCAGAAAGGACCCAUUUUUCCACUAAGAAUUUCAACCACACUCAUUACUCAAUCAGCCAUUGCUAUCUUUGGAUUGGGAUUCAUUGAUGCAGGGUAUAGUGGAGACUGGUCAAGAAUUGGUGUGAUCUCAAAAGAGAGUGAAGAUUUACUUAAAGCUGCAGCCUUUAUAGUUGUUCCCCUAUGUUUGUUUCUUAUAGUGAAUUUAUCCAAACAGAAAGAGAGUUAGAAUUACUGAACUGGGUUUUGUUUAGUUAUGAAAUUCAAGAUGAAAAUUUGAUGUAGAAUUUCCAAUUUACUUGGGAAAAGCAUGCUAAAAUGGUCCACCAUUAAUGGGUUUUGCUCAUUUUUAGUACAUGUAUCUUUUGGAAAUUGUUGCUGAGCUCCACAACCACCACCAAGGUCUUGGAAUCAGGAGCUUAAAACUUGUUUAAGAAAGAAGAAAACAUAGGAAACGACAUCGUUUAGUAUCA